AGAACUUUUAGUGAAUCAAAACAACAGUUAGUGCCGCCGAUUUCCACUCUCACCACUCUACACGACGCCAUGGCCAUAUCAAUGCAACUGAACUCGAACUGAGACAGUAACAUGUCCAUGAAACUUCAGUAACACGAUGAUGCAUCUCAAGAAGGUGCAAACCAACACCCUUUUAUUCCUUUUCUCAUCAACCAGGCUCAAAACCUUCCACCCUACCCCCAUCACGAAGUUCUCCUCCCAACUCCAUAAAGAUUCGAUUUUGAUCCCACCCACAAAGACCCAUCUCUAUGUUUCAUUCUUCUGCACCCUCGUUCGUCUCUACUUGAAAUGUGGCAGGUUCUGUACCGCCUCCGAUGCUUUCUUUCGCAUGCGUAACCUUGGUCUGGUUCCCUCUUUGCCAUUCUGGAAUAAGCUUUUGUAUGAAUUCAAUGCCUCUGGUUAUGUUUCUCAGGUAAAAGUUGUUUAUUCCGAUAUGUUGCUUUGUGGGGUUGUGCCUGAUGUUUUUAGUGUCAAUGUUUUGGUUCAUUCGUUGUGUAAAGUUGGUGACUUGGACUUGGCUUUAGGAUAUCUUAGGAAUGAUGGUAUUGAUAUUGAUAAUGUUACUUAUAAUACUGUUAUUUGGGGAUUCUGUGAGAAAGGAUUGGUUGAUCAGGGUUUUGGUUUAUUGUCUGAGAUGGUUAAAAGGGGUUUAUGUGUUGAUUCGUUCACUUGUAAUAUACUAGUUAAGGGUUAUUGCAGAGUUGGAUUGGUUCGAUAUGCUGAAUGGGUCAUGUACAACUUGGUUGAUGGUGGGGUUUCAAAAGAUGUUAUUGGUUUGAACACUUUGAUUGAUGGGUAUUGUGAAUGUGGGUUGAUGAGUCAAGCAAUGGAUUUAAUGGAGAACAGUUGGAGGAGUGAUGUCAAGAUUGAUAUUGUUACUUACAAUACGUUGCUCAAAGGUUUUUGUAAAACGGGUGAUCUUACCAAGGCUGAGUGUCUUUUCAUUGAGAUUUUGGGAUUUCGGAAAGAGGAAGAUCAGUUGAGAAAUAAUGAUGUUGUAACUCGAAAUGAGAUAGGAAAGUUGCGGCCGACACUUGUCACUUACACAACACUGAUUUCUGCAUACUGUAAGUAUCUUGGAGUUGAAGAAUCGCUUUCUCUGUAUGAGCAAAUGAUUAUGAAUGGAAUCAUGCCGGAUGUGGUUACUUGUAGUUCUAUUCUUUAUGGACUCUGCAGGCAUGGUAAAUUAACUGAGGCGGCUGUUUUGUUUAGAGAGAUGUAUGAAAUGGGUUUAGAUCCUAAUCAUGUGUCGUACUCUACAAUUAUUAAUUCAUUGUUCAAAUCAAAGAGGGUUAUGGAAGCUUUUAAUCUUCAAAGCCAAAUGGUUGUUCGGGGCAUUUCUUUUGAUAUAAUUAUGUGCACAGCUAUAAUGGACGGACUUUUCAAAGUUGGGAAAUUGAAAGAAGCCGAGGAAAUGUUUGAUACUAUUCUAAAGCUGAAUCUUGUUCCAAACUGUGUCACUUAUUCGGCAUUGGUUGACGGGUAUUGCAAGUUAGGAGAAAUGCAACUUGCAGAGUUGGUGUUACAAAAAAUGGAGAAGGAACGUGUUCCUCCAAAUGUUGUUACCUUUUCUUCGAUUAUAAACGGAUAUGCUAAAAAAGGAAUGCUUGGUAAAGCAGUUGAUGUAUUAAGGGAGAUGGUCCAAAGGAAUAUUAUGCCAAAUACUAUUGUUUAUGCAAUUUUAAUUGAUGCCUAUUUUAGGGCAGGUGAGCAAGACGUUGCUGCUGGUUUCUAUAAGGAAAUGGAAUCACGUGGAUUGGAGAAAAGCAAUAUCAUAUUUGAUAUCUUUUUGAACAACUUGAAAAGAGGUGGGAGAAUGAACGAAGCUCAGUCGUUAAUUAAAGAUAUGCACUCCAGGGGUAUUGACCUGGAUAUCGUUAACUACGCUUCCCUAAUAGAUGGCUACUUUAAAGAAGGAAAUGAGUCAGCCGCACUUUCCAUUGUCCAGGAAAUGACAGAGAAAAACACUCGGUUUGAUGUUGUUGCUUACAAUGCUUUGAUUAAGGGGCUUCUGAGGCUGGGGAAAUAUGAACCUCAAUAUGUUUGUUCAAGAAUGAUAGAAUUGGGCUUGGCUCCAGAUUGUGUUACAUAUAACACUAUAAUUAAUACAUACUGCAUAAAAGGUAAUAUAGGAGAGGCUUUGGAUCUCUUGAAUGAGAUGAAGAGCUACGGGAUAAUGCCAAAUGAAGUCACUUAUAACAUUCUGAUUGGCGGGCUUUGUAAAACCGGUGAAAUUGAAAAGGCAAUAGAUGUUUUAAACGAAAUGUUGGUUAUGGGGUUUGUACCUACCCGAAUUACUCACAGGUUUCUUCUUAAAGCGUCUUCAAGGAGUAAAAAAGCAGAUGUGAUUUUGCAAAUUCACAAGAAGCUUGUAGCCAUGGGCCUCGAACUCAACCAAACUGUGUAUAACACACUAAUCAUUGUAUUAUGCAGGUUAGGUAUGACUAAAAAGGCAAAAGCGGUCAUUGAUGAAAUGGUAAAAAAUGGAAUUUCAGCUGAUUAUGUUACUUACAAUGCCCUUAUUCGUGGUUAUUGCACAAGCAGUCAUGUGGAGAAGGCGUUUGAUACUUAUUCACAGAUGUUGGUUGAUGGAAUCUCUCCGAAUAUUACUACUUACAAUACCCUUUUAGGAGGUCUUUCAAAUGCUGGUUUGAUGAGAGAGACAUAUAAAUUAGUUAGUGAGAUGAAGGAAAGCGGAUUUGUCCCAAAUGCCGCCACUUACGACAUAUUGGUUUCUGGCCAUGGUAGAGUUGGAAAUAAACAAGAUUCCAUUAAACUUUAUUGUGAAAUGAUAACCAAAGGUUUUGUUCCCACUACAGGAACCUAUAAUGUGCUUAUUAGUGAUUAUGCUAAAGCGGGAAAGAUGCGCCAAGCUAGAGAACUUUUGAAUGAGAUGCUGACAAGAGGAAGAAUUCCUAAUUCUUCAACAUAUGACAUUCUAAUCUGUGGAUGGUGCAAAUUAUCAUAUCAGCCAGAGAUUGACUGGGCACUUAAACUGUCAUACCGAAAUGAGGCGAAAAUUUUGCUGAGAGAAAUGUGUGAAAAAGGACAUGUGCCAUCUGACAGCACCCUCUUGUUUAUCAGUUCCAAUUUUUGUAUACCAGGAAAAGAGGCUGACGCGAGAAGGUUGUUGAAGGUAUUUUCCCAAAAGAAAAAUGUGUGACAGAUGAUGUGAAACAGAAGCUACAAUCAAUCCUAAACCCUAAACCCUAAUAGGUCCAAGUGUGUGAGGAUCCUGUGAGAAAAUUGAGAUGCGGUGGACCAAUGUUAAAAUUUUGUAGCAUAACUGUGGUCAAAUGCUACCAGGAUGGCGAAAAUAUAGCAAUCAGUGUACUGAAUUUGAUCUUAAACAAAUUUUUACGGCAACUAUGAUAAAUACGGCCUAUUGAUGAAAUUUCCAAAGACUUUGUUUUUUGUGAUUUGACUUGAAGGGACCAAAAAAAAAGUAUCAGUCGGUGGUGUAUGAAGGGAAGGUGGUGUUGAGUGAGGUAGAUAUACACCCAGAAGGCCAAAGGGAAUAACAACAAGGACUACCAUGUGAAGGAAAUCCAAUCUAAAUUACUCAGUUUUCUCAACCCAGUGAGAGGUGUCCACCACUUUCUGUGCUUUACACUAUUACCUCUUGUGGUGUUUGCUUCAAUAUGGAGUAAAAGACACGGCAUCUGAAUCAGCCCUCUCACUUGCCCUCCUUAUGUAUGAGAGAGAACAAGACUGCUGUUUUGCCGCUGUUUGAGGAAGAAUUACAUUUGGUUGCAAUGCAUUCGCAAAAUGAUGACAGACCGUGUUUCUGGGGAUUUAUUGUUACCAAGGGACUUUAUAAUCCGUUCAUUGUGAUGUUAAAUCUCAGAUGUUUGGGUAUAGUGUUCGACCUGGAUGAAAUGAAACACUUAUUGUAGCAAACACAAAGCGCUCAUUUGAGGAUAUAAAUAAUUGAUUCACUCAUGAGAAAGAGUAGAUCCACCACAUAUAUCUGGUAUGCAGGCAGAGAUCAAGCGCUAUCAGAUGACAAGAGUAUAUUGAAGCAGUAUGCUGAAAAUGAUCAGGUAGUUGAUAAUGGUAAAGUGAUAAAAACUCAAUCUGAGCUUGUUCCAGCAUUAUCCGACAAUCAUCAGCCCUUAGUUCGACCACUGAUGCAGUUACAUGAUAAAAGCAUUAUUUUGACAUGCAUCAAUCCGCAGAAAUGAUGAAAAGGCACAUUCAGCCGAAGAGAGUAUGGACAUACACCGUAAGCUUAAGCACAACAAAAAAGACUUCAAAUUUGAUCCAUUUUUCUAGUCUGAAUUUAUGGCACAUUAUUGUAGUAACUAUAAUUUUCUACUUCCAAUUAAAAGUUUGUGUUUGCUUUUGUUGAUCUCUUGUUCCAAAUUCCAAUGCAGUGCAAUGCUGAAAAACUGAUGUUGAAGUUGCAACUGGGGAGCCUCACAUAUUGUACUCUAUCAGAAUGGACAUCAUCAAUGCAAUAUCUGUUGGAUGUUGUCUGUAUUCUCCAAUCUAAGAAGCUAACAUUGUUUAAUUUACUGAAUUGUUUAUAAUAGUUACAAUUUAAAUGUUUGAAUUCAAUGCAAUUUAGUUUUGAUAUAUAAUUCAGAUAAUUAUACUUUUGCA